UCUGCCCAGAUCGAAAUGUCCGAACCCGAACCCGAGCCGGAGCACGGGCCCGAGGGCCCCGAGCCCGAGCCCAUCCCCCGCUUGCGGCCGUCCUCGUCCUCGGUGCUGGACAGCGACGACCUUCUUCCUGCGGUACUGCGCCGCCUCCCGCCGCGGCCCUCCACCCUCCCCCGCGUCUCCCUCGUCUGCAGGCGAUGGCGCGACCUCGUCACCUCCAGGAACUUCCUCCGCUAUUUCCGCGAGUUCCACCGCGCGCCGCCGGUCCUCGGCUUAUUCCACAACACCUACCUCGGCGCCCCCGACCGCCGCUUCGUCGCCGCCGUCGACCCACCUGACCGUGUCCCGGGCUCGCUCUUCCGCAUGCCGUGCGGCCGGGACCACCGGAGCUGGAGGUUCCUGGACUGCCGCCACGGCCGGGCGCUCCUCCUCGGCCCGAUGGGCCCCAACCGCGAGGUCCUCGUGUGGGACCCCAUGACCGGCGCGCGCCGCCGCGCUCCCCUGCCCCCGGAUGCCGGCGACGUCCGUCACGGGGCGGUGCUCUGCUCCUGUGGCCACGUGCGCGACUGCCGGUCCAGCCAAUUCCAGGUAGUCCUGGUGUGGUUUGAGCUGGGGUUGACACAUCUCAGGCGGGCUGUCGCUGCCGUCUACUCGUCGGAGUCCAGCGCGUGGAGCCACAUCAUCACCUUGCCGGCGCCGUUCGUGUCUACUGCCAGCAACGCGAGCAAGCCCGGCACGCUUGCCGGCAACGCCGUCUACUGGUUGAUUCCGGGUUGCCGCGUCCUUGAAUUCGACGCGGUGACACACAAUUUAGCCGUGAUCUCGGUGCCAGCACAUACGGCAGGGUCUCUCUACUGGCAAUGCCAGCUUGUGCUGACUGACGCAAAGGAGAUUGGGCUCGCCAUGGUGACAGAAAUCAGCAUCAAGCUGUGGAAGAGGGACAGCGGGAACGCCUGUGGAUGGUCGAUGUACAGCUCCGUUCAACUGGAGGGCUGCCUCCCCUCGAGGAAAUGGAUGCAGGAACAGCCGUCGUUGCUGGGGUUUCAUGAGGAAAGCAAUGCAAUUUUUGUGUGGAUUGAGGCUGGCGUGUUCAUGAUCCAGAUCGAGUCGAUGCAAUCAAGGCUGCUGUGCCAAGGUGGUAGUAACUUCGAGAUUUACCCCUUUGCGGGUUUCUACAACAGAGAGUGGUCAGGUGAUGCCGGAGCAGGAGCACAAGGAGACGAGGACAUAGACGCGCGCUGGCCUACGGCGAUUGUGGACAUGUGGCACUACGAGGACCCUCAGGGGGACUCGCACGGGCCAUUCUCAUUGGUGAAUCUGAGUGGCUAUGGUUUCUUCGCCGAGGAUUUCAAGGUGUGGAGAACCGACGAGACUAAGGAGCAGGCGAUCCUGCUGACCGACGCCAUUCUGAGGCUGUGAGUGACUUGGUGAUCCCCGUGUUAUUGUCUGCUGUGUUAGUGUCUGUCUUGAGUUCUGGAGCCUGGUUUUGGCAAAUUUGGUGGUCGGUGGAUGUGGUGUUUAAAAGUUUUGGUGAGACUCAUUUAGUCAUUUGUUGUUUGGUGCCUGGUACUAGCAAGCAUUGCCACCAGGCUAUAUUUUGUAUGGUACCUGUUAUGUUUCAGAGUUGUUUGUUAAUCGACUUUAGUAAGUGGUUGUUGUCGUGCUA